GGAUUAGUAUCAUUCAAGGAUGUGUCAGUCAGUUUCACCCAGGUGGAGUGGCAGUGGCUGAACUCAGCUCAGAAGAUCCUGUACAGGGAUGUGAUGCUGGAGAACUACAGCAAACUGGUUUCAGUGGGGUGUCUUACAAUCAAACCAGAUGUGAUUUCCCAGUUGGAGCAAGGAGAAGAACCAUGGAUAAUAGAGGUGAUGUUCUCAAGCCAGAGUCUUCCAGGAAACUGAGGCUCAGAGGGCUCCAGUGAAAUACUCAAGAACUCACAGCCCACGUCGACAACCCUCUCUGAAACCGGCAUCGUACUUCUCACAGCACUUUUCUCAGCUCCCGAGGAAACAAUCCUAAAGUGUAUGAGCUGACUCACCUUAUGAUCAUGUAUUUUGGGAUUUCUUGACAUCUAGGAACCCUUGGGUCAGGUGGCAUUAACUGUUGCUGGCCGUUUGCAUUGUCCAACCUUCAGCAUCCUCAGUGGCCUUAGAGUUUAGGCAGAUAAGUUCUGUGAGAUUUGGAUCCCUGCAUGAAACUUCUAAAUAAAAUGAUUUUGUCCUUUAAGCCUAGGUUCCAGCUCCCUUGGAAAAAAGCAGCUUUUGUUAAGUAAGAAGGAAGAAGCCCCAGGAAUAGGAAUCCUACCUUGACGAUCACUCCUCUGACUUCAGACUUCUUACCACAGUCUUUAGAGCAGAGGCAGGAAACUGCUAGAAAGGAGCAGGUCCUAAGUUUGCGUAGUCUGAAGUAGCCGUUCUUUAUUUUGCUCAGAAGGAGCAUUGUUUCACUAUCACCAGAUCCAGAGGGCCUCACCAUGAUGGUGAAAGGUUGGGACCAAGUUUCAGAAAAGAUAGCUAUACAUUCAACCUUCUCUAUACUUUCCCAAAAGGAACAGAAAAAGAACAAAUCCGGGGAUCAAUUUCAUUUGAGGAUGUGACUGUGAACUUUACCCAGGAGGAGUGGGGUCAACUUGACCCUGAUCAGAGGACCUUGUACAGGGAUGUGAUGUUGGAGAACUAUGGCAUCUUCAUCUCACUGGGUAGUAUCUGAGGAUGGCAGAAUACAAAGCUGGGAAGGAGUUGGGUCAACAGUGUCUUUUGAGCAGGUGAAUUAACCACUCCUGGAGCUUCUUUAUAUGAGUAACCAAGUUGCCCUCGUGACCCAGGAGCUAAUAGAUCUCCCAAACAUUCUUGGCUUAACAUUUAUUUCUGGGAAGGACAUUUGAUCCAAAUGGUCAUGCCAUUAUCGUCUUCUUCAUCACUCUCAUCAGCAUUUUCUAAGAAACAGUGUCUCAGGAACACCACCAAAAGACCGUUGGAUUUGUCCCUUUUGCUUAGAAGACUCACCUCCAUUCAGGUUAGAGUUACUUGUGAAUUGGUAAAAAGCCACUAUGGAGACUAAGGACCAGAAGAAACACAGAAAGAAAAACAGUGGGCCCAAAGCUGAGAAGAAGAAGAAACGGCAUCUGCAGGAUCUCCAAAUUGGAGAUGAGGAAGAUGCCCGGAAGAGAAACCCCAAAGCCUUUGCAGUACAGUCUGCUGUGCGGAUGGCUCGAUCCUUUCACAGGACUCAGGAUUUGAAGACCAAAAAGCAUCAUAUUCCGGUGGUUGAUCGAACUCCAUUAGAGCCCCCACCAAUAGUGGUAGUGGUGAUGGGGCCUCCAAAAGUUGGAAAGAGCACUUUGAUCCAGUGCCUAAUUCGGAACUUCACUAGGCAGAAACUGACAGAGAUCAGAGGCCCUGUUACGAUCGUGUCAGGUAAAAAGCGCAGACUUACCAUCAUUGAAUGUGGGUGUGACAUUAAUAUGAUGAUUGAUCUGGCUAAAGUGGCAGAUUUGGUUCUGAUGCUUAUAGAUGCCAGCUUUGGUUUUGAAAUGGAAACAUUUGAGUUUCUAAACAUCUGUCAAGUACAUGGCUUUCCUAAAAUUAUGGGCGUUCUCACUCACUUAGAUUCCUUUAAGUAUAAUAAACAACUGAAGAAGACAAAGAAGCGAUUAAAACACCGGUUCUGGACAGAAGUUUACCCGGGUGCUAAGCUGUUCUACCUUUCUGGAAUGGUACAUGGAGAAUAUCAAAACCAAGAAAUUCACAAUCUGGGCCGUUUUAUUACAGUUAUGAAGUUUAGGCCUCUUACGUGGCAGACCUCUCAUCCCUAUAUCUUGGCAGACAGGAUGGAAGAUUUGACAAACCCAGAAGAUAUUCGAAAAAAUAUCAAGUGUGACCGAAAAGUAUCUCUUUAUGGUUAUUUAAGAGGAGCACACUUGAAAAGUAAAAGCCAAAUUCACAUGCCAGGUGUAGGAGAUUUUGCUGUGAGUGACGUCAGUUUCCUCCCAGACCCCUGUGCGCUUCCUGAACAACAAAAGAAGCGCUGUUUAAAUGAGAAAGAGAAGUUGGUUUAUGCGCCGCUAUCUGGAGUUGGUGGUGUGCUGUAUGACAAAGAUGCGGUCUAUGUUGAUCUUGGCGGCAGCCAUGGCUUCCAGGAAUCGGACGAGGUGAGGCCCACCCAUGAACUGGUACAGAGCCUCAUUUCCACCCAUUCCACUAUUGAUGCCAAGAUGGCUUCAAGUAGAGUGACACUUUUUUCUGAUUCUAAACCACUGGGAUCUGAGGAUAUAGAUAAUCAAGGACACUGGAUGCCAAAAGAAGAAAGGCAGAUAGAUUUGGAAACCGGUCGAGUGCGUCGGAAAGCCAUUUUUGGAGAUGAGGAAGAUGAGUCUGGAGAUAGUGAUGAAGAAGAUGAUGAAGAGAUGUCUGAAGGCGACAGGUUGGAAAAUGGCUCUAGUGCUGAUGAAUCGGAAGAGGAAGCAGAUGCUGAAAUGACUAAUAAAAUGUAUAUGGUGGGUAAAGGUGUCAAACGACAGAGACUUGAGGAGAUGGAAGAAGACAAUGAGGUGGAUUUGCCAGCAUUUGCUGAUAGUGAUGAUGACCUUGAGAGGAGUUCAGAGGAAGAAGGAGACGCAGAGGAAGCUGAUGAAAGCAGUGAAGAAGAGGAUUCCACUUCAGGAGAGAGGGAUAGUUUAGAAUCUAGGGUUGUUGGAGACCGUGGUAAACCAGGACUUUUACAAACUAAUGGUUUGAGUGACAGUUUGAAUCUGGAGAAUCCUUUGACAAUCAGAAAAGCAACCCUCACCACUUCAGAUUCAGGUCAUUGCACAGCUGAAGAGGCAUUUGCAUCUGGGGAUGAAACUGAAGAAAGCUCCUCUCUCAGUACAGAGGACGAGGACUCAGAAAAUGAAGAGGCUAUUAAGAAAAAGUUUCCAGAGUCUUCUAAAGUGGCCAGUGGUCAGAGACUGGGGUCAGAGAACUUAAUUGAUGAGACGAGUGAUGUAGAAGACUUACUCAAAGAGGAAGAAGAUUACAAGGAAGAAAAUAACUAUUCCACAGAAACUUCAGGCGCUCUCAAGUGGAAGGAAGACCUUUCCAGAAAGGCAGCUGAGGCCUUUCUGAGGCAGCAACAGGCGACUCCAAACCUUCGAAAGCUUAUUUAUGGGACAGUGACAGAGGACAAUGAAGAAGAAGAUGGUGAUUCCAGGGAGGAACUCGGAGGAUUGUUCCGUGUCAGCCAGCCUUCAAGAGAAUGUAAGCACAAGCUUGAUUCUUUGGACUGCUCCAGAUUUCAUGUGGAGGCGCCCCAUGAUUGGGAUUUAGAGGAGGUCAUGAACAGUAUCAGAGAUUGCUUUGUGACUGGGAAGUGGGAAGAUGAUAAAGAUGCAGCCAAGAUCUUAGCAGAAGAUGAAGAGCUCUAUGGUGACUUUGAAGACCUGGAAACAGGGGAUGUACACAAGGGAAAACCAGGCCCAGAUACUCAGAUUGAAGAUGUAGAAGAAGUUAAGGAAGAAAUUGACCCCAAUGCAGAGGAAAGUGCCAAGAAAAAGCAUUUGGAUAAAAAGAGAAAAUUGAAGGAGAUGUUUGAUGCAGAAUAUGAUGAAGGAGAAAGCACAUAUUUUGAUGAUCUUAAAGGAGAAAUGCAUAAACAAGCACAGCUUAAUCGAGCAGAAUUUGAAGAUCAAGAUGAUGAAGCCAGAGUUCAGUAUGAGGGUUUUCGACCUGGGAUGUAUGUUCGAAUUGAGAUAGAAAAUGUCCCCUGUGAAUUUGUGCUUAACUUCGACCCCCAUUACCCAAUGAUUUUGGGUGGUUUGGGCAAUAGUGAAGGCAAUGUCGGAUAUGUACAGAUGCGUCUGAAGAAACACCGUUGGUAUAAGAAAAUCCUCAAGUCCCGAGAUCCAAUCAUUUUCUCUGUGGGGUGGAGGAGGUUUCAGACCAUUCCACUCUAUUACAUCGAAGACCACAAUGGGAGACAGAGGCUUCUAAAGUACACUCCACAACACAUGCAUUGUGGAGCAACUUUUUGGGGUCCUAUUACUCCACAGGGAACUGGGUUCUUGGCAGUACAGUCUGUUAGUGGCAUAAUGCCUGAUUUCCGGAUAGCUGCCACAGGAGUUGUCCUUGAUCUGGAUAAAUCCAUAAAAAUUGUGAAGAAAUUAAAGCUAACUGGUUUUCCAUAUAAAAUUUUCAAGAAUACAUCAUUCAUUAAGGGAAUGUUUAAUUCUGCUUUGGAAGUGGCCAAAUUUGAAGGUGCUGUGAUUCGAACUGUCAGUGGCAUAAGGGGACAGAUCAAGAAAGCACUUCGGGCUCCAGAAGGAGCUUUCCGGGCCAGCUUUGAGGACAAGUUGUUGAUGAGUGAUAUUGUCUUCAUGAGGACUUGGUAUCCCGUCUCCAUUCCAGCCUUCUAUAACCCAGUGACUUCUUUGUUGAAACCAGUUGGUGAGAAAGACACCUGGUCAGGAAUGCGGACCACCGGUCAACUCCGGCUUGCCCAUGGUGUCCGACUAAAGCCCAACAAGGAUUCUUUGUAUAAGCCAAUCAUGAGGCAAAAGAAACAUUUUAAUUCACUGCACAUUCCAAAAGCCUUGCAGAAGGCCCUGCCAUUUAAGAACAAGCCCAAGACCCAAGCAAAGGCAGGCAAGAUACCGAAGGACAGGCGGAGACCAGCCGUCAUACGGGAACCUCAUGAAAGGAAGAUCCUUGCACUGCUGGAUGCUCUAAGUACGGUGCACAGUCAGAAGAUGAAGAAGGCCAAGGAACAACGGCAUUUGCACAAUAAAGAACACUUCAAGGUGAAGCAGAAGGAGGAAGAAGAGAAACUGAAGCGACAGAAGGACCUCAGGAAGAAGCUCUUCCGAAUUCAGGGUCAAAAAGAAAGGAGAAAUCAGAAGUCCAGCCUGAAGGGGUCUGGGGAGCCAUCAAAAUGAGCUUUAAACAGAUAGUCUUUGCAUUUGCAGAGGUGGAUGGUUUCAAAUACUACAGUACCUGUAAAUGACAGCAGGGCUCAAGACCCCUUUGUUGGAUAUGUUGCCCAGACUGUGCCUUUGAGAAGAGAAAUGGAGACUCAGCUGAUAGGACGCCCAUUCAUUCUCAGAGCCUAGGUUGUGUCAAGAUUUAAAGCAAUAUUAUUUAUGGUUUUGUAGAUUCCUUCACAUUCCUCUUACCUUAGUUUUCAUUUUUUGUGCUACAAAAAUAUUACUAAAAUACUUAAUUUUGGCUUAAUAGUUUUCAUCAGGGAUGAAUGCUUGAUGAUUGUGGAUAAAUUGCUGAUUCUGCCAUCCUCAUGAUGCGUCCUCCAAAGGGGAAAAAAUAUUAACUUGAAAACUCAGCUUUCAAAUGUUAGAAAGGAGUGUAUGGUUCAGUGCACAGCUGUUUCCCAGAGGCCAUGUGAUGGGUAAUAGCGCAACAGGCUGACCUGACUGCACAUAGAAGAAUCCAGCUGCUUCUAUUUAUGUCACCAUAUAUGGGGCUAGUUUUGAUCUGUUAAAACAAAUUAAUAAAAAAAUAUUUUAAAAUUU